CGUCACUUUAUUGCCGUUGUACUUCGUACUUGGAGUAUUUCUUCUAGUACGAGAUUCGCACCUUUUUACGAGCGCCGUCGAACUCGCUGGCUUGUACUUAUUUUCCUUGUUCUCGCGUUAAUGACACUCGUCAUACUUCUCCCAACUUCCUUUCGUUUUCCUCAUCGACUGGCUGGUCCGUUGUAACGACUUAACUAUCUAGGUACGAAAUAGAAUAAAAAUGUCUACCGUCGACCCUAGCACCCGAAAAAGGGUGCUUAAAGUGAUAUUCAUCUCUUUGCUUUUAGAUUUGGUCUCCUUUACCUUCAUUCUCCCUCUCUUCCCCAAACUUCUUGAGUUCUACCGAAACAGCGAAGCCGGCCCCGAGUCGCAAUCGACCCUACUUGCGCGCAUCAUCGACGGCCUUCACACCUACAAGUCAGCAUUCGCGAAACCUAUCGACUCGAGAUAUGAUAUUGUUCUACUGGGUGGCGCCCUAGGUAGCUUGUUCUCUCUACUUCAAGCCAUCGCCUCUCCCGUCAUUGGUCACCUCUCCGACAGAUAUGGCAGAAGGGCAGCACUACUGGCCAGUAUGGCUGGAAAUAUCGUCUCUGUCCUCCUUUGGGUCAUGGCAGUGGAUUUCAGAACCUUCCUUGCCUCGCGCAUAGUUGGUGGACUAUCGGAGGGUAACGUCCAACUAGCGACAGCCAUUGCUACCGAUAUCUCAGAUGAGAACAGUCGCGGUUCGACCAUGGCUUUGAUAGGCGCAUGCUUUUCUAUUGCUUUCACCUUCGGCCCAGCCCUCGGCGCAUACCUGAGCACCAUUGCCACCGUCGCUGCGAACCCCUUUGCGACAGCUGCCGGUGUAUCUCUGUCUCUGAUCGUGGUCGAGACAGCUUACCUGUACUUUGCGUUACCUGAGACGCUACCAAACAGAACAGGGAAGCAAAGCACGGCCAAGACAGUUGCCAAGCCAGCUGCCGUGACGCGCACGAACUCGCACUUCCUGUUGAACUUGGUGCACUUCAGCUUUUUACUCUUCUUCUCGGGCAUGGAAUUCUCACUACCAUUCAUGACCUACGAUCUUUUCCAGUACAACUCAGCGCAGAACGGGCGGCUACUUGGUUAUGUAGGCCUGGUAGCGUCGAUACUACAGGGCGGAGUCACGCGCCGCUUACCUCCUCUACUUACCGUGCGAAUGGGUGUGACGGCAUGCCUAGUUGCCUUCGUCAUGCUAGGGCGCAUCAGCACCGUCGGCUCGCUAUACCUUGCUGCCACGUGCCUAGCAACCACAUCAGCCACAGUCGUCAGCGGUCUCAACACCCUAAGCAGUUUCGAGGCGAACGAGGGCGAGCGAGGCGGCAAGCUAGGCAUUCUCAGGAGCUGGGGUCAGCUUGGACGAGGCUUGGGACCGAUCUUGUUCACUAGCGUGUACUGGUGGGCGGGCAGAGAAGUUGCUUACAAUGUGGGGGCAUUGGGAAUCUUGGUCGUCACUUUGCUAGUUUUCGCCGGACUGAAGUCACCGCCCGGUUCACUAAAGAAGAAGGCGAAGUCGGAGAAGAAGGAAUUGUAAAUAUGAGAGACAUGUACGAUAUAAAUAUCUGUUCAUAUAGGUAGAUUUUGGCAGGAUGAAGCUGGACAUAGAUAGGUAUCUAGGUAAUACCGAAGAGUUGGUUUCGAAGAAAUGAAGACAAUAUCGAAAGAUUAUUAAACAAA